AUGGCAACGGACGACCAGGCCCCCCCCAUCCAGGGGGUCAUCCAGGCCCCCCAGACCUCAGUCAUCCAGGCCCUACAGGUCCAGGGAGUCCAGAUAUCCACCAAUGGCGGCGAGCUGGAGGACGAAGACACGAGGAAGGGGAGGGAGAUCCUGUCCAGGCGCCCGUCCUAUCGGAAAAUCCUCAACGAGUUAUCGUCAGACGCACAGGCGGUGCCCAGAAUCGAGGAGGAGCUGACGGAGGAAGAGUCUCCAGCAUCAGGAAGCCCCAACUACCAAACCAGCUCAGGACAAUACGUUUCCAUCUCCCAGGCGACGGCCCUCCAGCUGGGCCUCCCCGAUGGCCUCCCGGGGGCCCAGACCCUGACGGUGGGCGGGGCCCCCCCGCCCGGAGCCGCCCUCCUGCAGGCCGCAGACUCCCCACACCAGUUCUUCCUCCAGGGGGGGCAGGUGCUCAUCCAAGCUGUCUCUCUGUUCCGCUCUGACGGGGUUCAGACGGGAAUCUGA